GCCACCUUGACAGUUUGUUUCGAACUUCAUCGCAAAUUCAAGUAGCGGUGAAGCGAAGUUUGGCCUCUUCCUCGACAGCUGUGGGUAACACUAAAUAUUUUACACAGAUAGCCAAUUCUUAAUCUUGAGAACGAUUUGGCAUGCGUAAAUUUAAUUUCAGCACGUACUUUUCUCGCUGAAAACUGAACGAAACCCGUGGAAGGGGCAUUUGAUUUGAGCUAGAUUUGUUGUGCGUCCAGUUGGAGGCUACAGGUUUGGUAGCUAGCUAAUCUGGGGAGAUACCAAAUCCGAGUUUGUUAAUCCUUUCACAUUUAUCUUCAACACACCGCUGAAAAGGGUCGAGGAGGACGGUCCUAGUUCAACAUCCACAGAGAUAAAGACGUUAAGGUUCCGCUCAAGAAGUAACAAGGCUCACAGAGCUGGUAGUUGGGCAUUUCUCCGGCGAAAUGAAAAAUUAACUCAACGUAAACUCACGUUAAUGCUCACUGAAAGAAUGCGAAUAAACUCGUCAAGCGGAACCGAGACAAGGUCGUUGAAACUGAGAGGUUCACUUCAGCAGUAGGUGCCAGCGGAGUGGCAUGAAAACUCGGUCCAGCUUUGCACCGAGGAAGGAAUCGACACGAUGGCAGCCUGCGGAAGAAGGAGUCGACCCAAGUUACUUUUUUUCCUCUUUGGUGCCACUUUGCUGGGAUAUCUAAUAUUUUUCAGACACAACUUCGGGGAAGUGUGGGCGACUAAUCGACGAGAGGCCACUGUGGAAGGAGAGGUGGAAAAUGAACAGUUUAAGAAGCCCGUCUACGAGAAGCCCCCCUUGGAUUUAAAUGCCCCGGGUGAAAUGGGGAGAGCUGUCAAACUGAAUCUGGACGAAAAGGAGAAGAGAAAAGAGGAAGAAAGUCUCAAAAAGAAUCAGAUUAACAUUUAUGUCAGUGAUAAAAUAUCGCUACAUCGCAGGCUGCCAGAGAGAUGGAACCCACUUUGCAGAGAGCUAAAAUAUGAUUACCGAUCCUUGCCAACAACCUCAGUGGUGAUCGCCUUCUACAACGAGGCCUGGUCCACCCUGCUGAGGACAGUCCAUAGCGUGCUAGAGACGUCCCCUGACAUCCUGCUGAAAGAGGUGGUGCUGGUUGACGACUACAGUGACAGAGCUCAUCUGAAGGAGCCACUGGAAAAGUACAUCUCAGGUUUGAGGAAGGUGCGUCUAAUCCGGGCCACCAAGAGGGAGGGGUUGGUGCGGGCCCGGUUGCUAGGGGCGUCCAUUACCACUGGUGAUGUGCUGACCUUCCUGGACUGUCACUGCGAGUGUCACAAGGGCUGGUUAGAGCCCCUGCUCCAAAGGAUCAAAGAGGAGCCAUCAGCUGUGGUGUGUCCUGUCAUUGAUGUGAUCGACUGGAACACUUUCCAGUAUUUAGGUAACUCUGGUGAACCUCAGAUUGGGGGGUUUGAUUGGCGGUUGGUCUUUACCUGGCACACUGUCCCAGAGUAUGAGCAGAAACGCCGUCGCUUGCCCACUGAUGUCAUCAGAUCUCCUACCAUGGCAGGUGGUCUGUUUGCUGUGAAAAAGAACUAUUUCCAUUACCUGGGAACAUAUGACACAGGGAUGGAGGUGUGGGGAGGAGAGAACCUUGAGUUCUCCUUCAGGAUUUGGCAGUGUGGGGGCAGUCUGGAGAUCCACCCAUGCUCCCAUGUGGGCCAUGUGUUCCCUAAAAAGGCCCCUUACUCACGGAGCAAAGCUUUGGCAAACAGCGUGAGAGCUGCUGAAGUCUGGAUGGAUGAAUAUAAAGAGCUCUACUACCAUCGAAAUCCCCACGCACGACUGGAGGCCUUUGGAGAUGUGACAGAGCGGAAGAGGCUUAGAAAGAAGCUGGGCUGUAAGAACUUCAAGUGGUAUCUGGAUAACGUUUACCCCGAUAUUCACAUCCCAGAGGAUCGGCCAGGCAUGUUUGGAAUGCUUAAAAACCGGGGCAAGACCAACUACUGCUUUGACUACAAUCCUACAGAUGAACACACGGUGGUGGGCCAAAGCAUCAUCCUCUACCCAUGUCACGGCAUGGGUCAGAACCAGUUCUUCGAAUACUCCACGGACGGUGAGAUCCGCUAUAACACAAGAGAACCUGCUGGAUGCGUUGUGGGUGACAACAUCAGCACCUACCUGACUGUCCAGCCAUGCAGAAAACGAGGCCAACUUGUACCUGCAGAUCAGAAAUUUGUCCUCCGAGAGGACGGGAGUCUGUACCAUGUGGUGAGCCAGAAAUGUGUUCAGGCAUUAGACAAGACGGACAACGGGACACCAGCCCCUUCACUCCAGCCCUGCUCUGACAGCCUCCACCAAAAGUGGCUGUUUGAGGAAGGAAUAUCUGGUGUCUGCAGAUCUUCCACUGGAUGCCAGAAUAUCCGUCUUGUUUGGGGUCAGUGCAGUGGCAGGUACAGCAGUUGUACCACAGCAGUAGAAAGUUCAGGCAGAAGAGACAACAGCUGCCCACCUGUCACACUAUAACACAGCAUUCCUAAUCCACUGUCCAGCAUUAUCUA